CCAACUCCCAACCCCACUCACUCACUCUCUCUCUGUAAUAACGUUCUAUGAUUCACCAAACAUAGCAAAACAAAACAAAACAAAACAAAACACAAUUCUCUUUCUUUCUGACUCCCGACACUGUUUCAUAACCCGAAAAGCAACCUCUGCAAACCCUUCCUCUUUCUCUAACCACACACAACACAAUAACACAAACAUCUCUCUCUUUCUCUCUCUUAACAGUUCCACUUCCACACACUCACAAGAAGCUGAAACAAAACCUGUUUUUUUAAGCAACACUAACACAUAACCCCUCUCAAGUACUCAACACUUCACACAAACCCAUCAAGCUCCAUUUCAUUCUUAAACAUUCAUCUCUCCAAAGUUCUUAUCUUUUUCAAAUGGAAAACAUCACAACUCUCCACAAACUUGAAUCUCGUGGCAUAGUGUAGAAAAAAACACUCUCUCUCUCUCUGAAAAUAUACUUUACUUUCUCUCUCUAGAACUAGUUCAGCUGGAAAUGGCAUGCUGGAAACUGAACUUGGAUCCAAAAACAAGUGGAGGAUUGAGAACACAACAAGCUGGAAGAGCGUCAUGCCGUGGUAGUUAGGAUUUGAAACCCUCCACAAAAAAAACUUGCUUGAAAAUGCAUGCUCAACAACUUUGACUCUGACCCUUUUUGUAUUUUUCUGUUCUUGAGUACUAUUGUUUCAUCCAUUUUCUGAGAAAAAAGAAUUAAGAGUGGUUUUGAGAAUUUCCAAGAUGGGUUUUUUGUUGAAAGAAGCCUUGAAGACUCUCUGUGGUAGGAAUAAUCAAUGGUCUUAUGCUGUGUUUUGGAAGAUUGGUUGCAACAAUUCUAAGCUAUUAAUUUGGGAAGAAUGCUAUUAUGAACCCGUUUCGUGUCCUUCCCCUCAUGGCAUUGAUGGGAUGUCGAAUUUUCCGAAUCCAAACGGGGAAGGGAGUUGGUUUUCAUCUGAGUUUCAAUCGCCUCAUCUAGGAAUUCAAGAGGAGGAUAAAGUCUCUUCUUUGGUUAACAAAAUGACAGUAAAUAAUCUAGUCAUUGUUGCAGGUGAAGGUAUAAUCGGACGCUCGGCAUUUACCAACAGUCAUGAGUGGAUUCUCUUGAACGAUUUCGCUAAAAAUGCAUAUCCACCUGAGGUAUAUGCUGAAAUGCAUGACCAAUUUUCAGCUGGAAUGCAGACAGUAGCAGUUAUUCCUGUGCUUCCUCAUGGAGUUGUUCAAAUUGGUUCUUUCUUGCCUAUAAUGGAGAAUAUGGGAUUUGUGCAUGAAGUAAAGAGCCUGAUCUUGCAGCUCGGGUGUAUUCCCAAUGCCCUUCUAUCUGAAGACUAUUCUGCCAAACUUUCAAACGAACGACUUGAUGGACCUUCUACUUCUGGUGUGCCUUCGUCUGUUGAUUCAUCUGUCAUGACCUCGAAUUCCGCUCCUUCAGUAGUCAAUGGCUCUAAUCACCACCACCAGAGUUAUUCAUCUCAUGCCAUGAAGCCUAAUGUUCAAACACUCCAUCCUUUAAGCGGAGAAAUUUGUAAUUUUCAGGGUAGAGUUGUGGAGGCUAAAGUAAUACCCUCAAAUUUUGGUUCAAACCUGCAAAAGCAUUCAGUUCCUUAUAAUGCAAGAUCUGAAUUCAACAACUUUGCCGGUUCUGCGCCGUUUGGUCAAUCCGGUCAAAGGGAUUGUAGUCUAAAAUAUAUGGAACAGCAAAAUUUAUCUGUAGUUGGGAGUUGUGAUCAUGUUAACCCUUGUGUUAAUGUUUCAAGUUCCUUAAACAUUUCUCAACAGAAAACAGACAGAAGCCUUAACUUCGGCCACAAUCUGAGUUCUAGCAGUACUUCAUUACUUAGAGGAAUCCCGGUACAUGGUGGAAUGAAUAGUCUUUUGAGGGAAAAUCUGAUUACUAGCUCAAAAUCACCGAAAGUAUCUGCAGCUAAUUUAUCCGGAGCACAAGUUGGGAAUGAACUUCAAAAUAAAGAUUCAACCUUUAAGUUUGCUUCAACAAAUCAAAAGAUAAACUAUGACAUCCUUCAGGCUCAUAGCAUCCCCUCUUUUAAUCCCGAGGAGUAUGUGCCGAAUAGUGGUCAUAUCCCAGGUUUUGUCCGUGAUUGCUUUCAAAAUGAUGGUACCAUUCAAUCUAUGAUGACAGCGAAUCCUAAACAUGAAGAAGCUUGUGCUCAACAACCUCCAUCAGGUGGUGAUGACCUGUUUGAUAUUUUAGGUGUGGAUUUUAAAAACAAACUUCUGAAAGGACACUGGAAUGAACUGUUUGCUGAUGAAUCAGAUGGCAAUGCAGAAAAUAAGCUUAAAAAGGAAUCAUGUCUGAACAGGGAGGGUACGGCUUCUGAUCAUUAUUACACGGUCAAUGAAUCGAUGUUGGACGGUGGCAUUUUUUCUGGGAUGUCAACAGACCACCUCUUGGAUGCGGUGGUCUCAACGGCCAAACCGACUUUGAAACAGAAUUCCGAUGACAUGUCUUGCAGAACAACAUUGACGGGGAAUAGUACCGCCUCUAUUCCCUCUCGUGUCUGUAAGCAGGUUAUGUCCGGUAAUUUCGAAGGGGGAUUGUUUGGUUUUUCGAAGAAUGGAGGUAAAAUGGGUGCUGUAGAAACUAGUUCUCUAAGGUCUGGUUGUAGCAAGGAUGAUGGUGGAAAAUGCUCUCAAACUACAACUGUAUGUGGUUCUCAACUUAGUUCAUGGUUGGAGAAUGGUGGCAAUGUGAGGCAUGAAAAUAGUGUUUCAACUGGAUACUCUAAGCGCCCGGAUGAAGCUUGCAAAUCUAAUCGCAAAAGGCUUAAACCAGGAGAGAAUCCCAGGCCUCGACCUAAAGAUCGCCAAAUGAUUCAAGAUCGUGUCAAAGAGUUACGAGAAAUUGUUCCAAAUGGAUCAAAAUGUAGCAUAGAUGCACUGCUGGAACGGACCAUUAAGCAUAUGCUUUUCUUGCAAAGUGUGACAAAGCAUGCUGACAAGCUGAAACAAAACGGGGAGUCUAAGAUUAUUAGUAAGGAAGGUGGGCUGGUUUUGAAAGACAACUUUGAGGGAGGGGCUACAUGGGCAUAUGAGGUUGGCUCCCAAUCAAUGGUUUGUCCUAUUAUAGUUGAAGAUUUGAAUACUCCUCGUCAGAUGCUAAUCGAGAUGCUUUGCGAGGAACGGGGUUUCUUUCUGGAAAUAGCUGACUUAAUAAGAGGAUUAGGCUUAACCAUCUUGAAGGGGGUAAUGGAAGCUCACAAUGACAAAAUAUGGGCACGUUUCAUUGUGGAGGCAAACAGGGACGUAACGAGGAUGGAAAUAUUUAUGUCACUCGUUCGUCUUCUGGAGCAAACGAUGAAGGGUAAUGCAUCUUCAUCCAAUGCAAUUGACACCAUGUUGCGUUAUAACUCUUUACCCCAGAAGGCCUAAUAGUAUGAAAUGGAUCACUUGUUGCAUGGUUUCUUCUGAAGUAUGGAUAUGUUGAGAGCAAGUCAAGUAAUGUUUUGCCAUGACCAACAUCAAAUCCAAUCCGAGAUUUCAGGCGGUCUUAACAUUGUCUAACUGUUUCUGUUUACGUCUCAUAUAUGAUUUUUUCAUAUAUGAAUCCAUUUUGAAGGGGAAUGAAUGCGUAGGUAGUGAAAAACAUCUCAAAGACUAAGAAUAUGUAUUGGUAUAUUGUAACCGAGUGUUUAUUUUUCUGGUGUUGGCCGACUUAUAAUGUAUGAUGUUGUUGGCGUAGUUAUCUUCUGAUGUAUUGCUCGACUCUCAGAUGACAUGCAUCGGAUUUUUUAGCGCAAUGGUGGCGUAGUUUUUCAGAAGUUGGUGUUGUGAUUUAUAUCAGAUGUAUAGAUAGAUAUUGAAGGGUAUGGAAAGUAAAGGUUCAUGUGUUUAUCUUA